AUGAGAGGCGGCUUCUGUGUACGCGCUCUGAAUCUGCCCAGCACAGAAAACAGUACUAAGAAGAGAAGGAACAACGGACGUGCAAAGAAGGGCCGUGGCCAUGUCCAGCCCAUCCGCUGCACCAACUGUGCCCGCUGUGUUCCCAAGGACAAGGCCAUCAAGAAGUUUGUCAUCAGGAACAUUGUGGAGGCUGCUGCUGUGAGGGACAUCUCAGAAGCUAGUGUGUUUGACUCAUAUGUAUUGCCCAAGCUCUACGUGAAGCUGCAUUACUGUGUUAGCUGUGCCAUCCACAGCAAGGUGGUGAGAAACAGAUCCCGGGAGGCCCGCAAGGACCGAACACCACCUCCCCGCUUCAGGCCUGGCGGUCCUCCUCCCAGAGCUCCUCCGAAGCCCAUGUGAAGCAAGUCAACUGUCAUAUUCUGUGCAUUGUUUUGCAGAAAAAUAAAAAAAUAUCUGAGACAGGUC